UUCGAAAAACCGCCCUCUGUUUACGUCGAGCAGUUGGUUCGUCAUGCCGAGGAUUUCUAUGAAGAAUAUACUUCAGCCGUCUCAAAUUUUGGCAUUCAUUUUUGGCUACUGUCCAUUUUGGAAAUCAGCCGGCGAAAAUGUUUAUCACCGAAGCGUUCUGGGUACGAUACUGCAAGUAGUCAAUAUCCUUUUAACCCUCACCACCCUAUCGUACAUCGUGGGAUUUUAUCUUCCCGAAGCGUUUGGCUCACGACACGAAUGUUCGUCCCUUAAAAACUGCAGCCAAUUGAUAAUCCACGCUAGUCACUUGGCGCUUCUGUUGUGGUUGACUGUGGAUCGAUUAAUUUGUGCCUCGGCAACGUUACGGUGUCUCAAUCUGACGCAUGAGCUCAACGAAGAACUUGGCUGCUUGUCUCCCCCGAAACAGCGUCCAAUUUCGUUUCAACUAACGAUCGUAUGGACCGUCGCGUAUCUGAUCGGAUUGCCCUUUCCCGCGGUCAAUGAUUUCAUGGAAAUUGCAUGGUACUGCUCAAAAUUCUUAACCAUGUACUGUGAGGCCUUAGCUUUGGAAUUCGUCACUGUGCCCUCCGUGGCUCUAAACACGAUCAACGGAUUGCUAGAGACUUGGCAGAGGACUGGAAACUGCAAUGUAAACGACUUGACGCGGUUGCAGUCCCUUUACUUGAAGGCAGCGUACGUGUCAGAAGUUGUUGAUGAUUCCUUCGGAUUUUGUUGGCUGGUGUCACUUUUUACAGCAAGUGUUCAAAUCGUUCUACCGUUCAAGACACUCUUUAAAGCACUCGAUGAUGUAAUCGUCAUUGACCAUCGUAUUCCUUCUACUGCUGAUUAUGUACACUAUGCGUAUCUGUUCUUGGUACUGGCAACAAGUGUGCUACGCUACUUCCAAAUUUAUUACACCCUGGAUCAACCAUCCUCAAAGAGAAUCAAAACCGUCAGCAUUCUGCGUGAACUGAUGAAUAAACAUAGCGAGAACGAAUUAUCGACGAAGAUGAAUGACUUCAUUUUCCAAGUUACCUUGAGAACUAUGGAAUUUAGCUCUGGAGGAUUUUUUGGAAUAAAUUUACAACGUUUUGCCGAGGUAGUAGGCAUGUGGUUAACACUGCUCGUAAUUAUGAUUCAAUUAACCGAGGCGUGAGGGUGACUGGAUCAGGAAUUGAAGCUCCCAGUUCAGAGUUGCCUCGCCUAACAACGAGUUGACAUUCUCUCGAUUAUAGCACUCAUUGCUUACAAGCAUGUAGCGACUAACAAUAAGAUGCUAUCAAAAUA